AGGAUUGACAUAGCUGCUGCACCUCUUGCGUUUACCGAAGACCGCGCGAAAGUGAUUCGGUACCUUGGCCCCUUCACGGUUUCACGAACUGCAACACUGGGAGUGAAGAUCUACGCCAACGCAUCGCCGUUCAGAACGUUCCAGCCGUUUAAGCGGGAAAUGUGGCUUUUGUUAAUUAUGUCCAUUUUUCUCACUGGAACCAUGCUCUUCCUGUUGAACUACUUCAGUCCCUUUUCUGCAUGGAACCUGGGACUUCCGGACUCCUCAGAAGAUGAAAUUUCGCUCAGAGAAAACAUUUGGUCCACCUUAAGUAGCUUGCUGCUACAAGGAUGUGAAGUGUAUCCGCUUGCUCCCUGUGCUCGCUCCGCUAUCAUUUGCUUCUGGGUCAUGAUUGUGAUUUUUCACGCGACAUGGCAAGCUUUUAUGACUGCGACCAUGAGCCGCAGCCACGUGAAACUGCCCAUAACUACACUGGAGGAACUGGCCUACAGCCAGAACAUCAUACCUGUGGCACCAAAAGGAUCCAGUAUCACGACUGCAUUUGCC